AACGUAGCUGGCGCGCUACCAGAUAGCGAAAUUCAACUCUGUCUGAAAAUAAUAAAGUUUUGUUCUAAAAUGCUACGAGAUCUAGUAGAUCUAGAUCUGCAUUUUAACGGAAAUCACCAUGAGUAGCAGGGGAAGCUAUAGUCAGAAAAAGAAAAAGGAAGCAGUGCGUCGACUUAGCCAGCAGCACUCACGACAGGCAGCCAGAGCAGGGCCUACCAGUGGGCCCCAUUAUGAGCUUGGGAGAAAGAGAGCGGGCCCGGAGAAAAGGAGAAGGUCCAAAGAUGAACCAGAUCCUGGUGCUGGGCAGAGAAGGAGAGGUAGAGAAGAUGCUGGAAAGCGAUUUAUCAGUCCAAUGAACAACCCGGACCUGGCACCAGGUACCUCUGCUCCAGACACUUUGAGGGUGGGACAGUUUGGAGAGCCAAGCAACGUUCCUUCAGACUCCUCUGAGUCGGAGCUUUUCACUCAGGGCAAAAUUGGAUCAAUGCCAGGGUCUUCUCUUUUCUCUCAAGCAUCGUCUUCUGGAACUUCUCACCUUGCUCAAGAAUCCUCUUUUGGGGAUGCACCGUCCAGCAUGUUUGGCAAACCAAGUGUUCCCUCUUCGUCUUCUGUGUUUGGAUCUCAGUCAGCAACAUUUGGAUCUUUUGGGACGGGACUUAAGCCGUCUCUCUUUGGUCAGGGUAUUAUUGAUUCUGACUCUUCCCUCGAGGAUGCAGGAACAAAGCAACCCAGCUUCCAGAUAACCUUUGGUCCAGUUGGCGACGAUGAGGCAGGUAUUGGUAGAUCCAUUGAGGCCCAAGAUGCUCCAAAGUCAGACCGACGCAUUCUCUCCAGAGAUUCAGCUUCGAAUGAGAGUAAAAGAAGCAGUGGUUCCUUUGGACAGAUCUCCCCUCGUAAGGACGACGUAGCCUUCCAGCAACCCAGGAGAACCUCUCUCAAGAGAGACCUCUCACCUUCCAAACCAUCGUCCGUGUCUCAGCGCCCUCUCACUUCCCAUGACGACAUGUUCGGGUCAGACAUAUCGGACAUGGAAAGCUUUGGGUCAGCGCCCUCAAAGCCAAAGGUCGAGAAGGAGAGCAUGCAGGGGAGGGCAUCGGUCAAGAGGAGUGGUCUCUUUGGCAGAGCUCUAGAUGAUGCGAGUGGACGCAGAGAGGCAGAGCCCAAGAAACAACGAAAUGAGGAAAGAUCUCCCAAAGAGUCUUCAAGAGGGAAGAAAGAGACUUCUUUGAUUGUCAGUAGAAGCGAGGUCAAUCACUUGACCACGAUCAUCGUAAAAGAUGUUCCUGAUCAGUUGAACAACCGAAUUUACAUAAACAAGUUGUUCUCCAAGUUUGGCAAAGUGAAGAAAGCAACUGUGAACCCUCGAAAGACGAUGGCCACUGUGUACUUUGAAGACCAUGAAUCGGCAGCUAGAGCAAAGCGUGAUGUCAAGACGUUGAAGGUAGGGACCCAGCCUGUUACAAUCUUCUGGGCGCAGAAAGACAAAGGCAAAGAAAAAAGAAAGAGUGAUGAAAAUGUCCCUCCAUCUACCAGUGAGACUAAGACAGAAGCAGAUCCUCCGCCAAAGAGAGAAAAACCUCCACCUCCUCCAGCUUAUAGUGGGAGAAACACUAGAGGGUACCAUACAGCAUCGGAGAGAUACGAAGCUUUAGAAGAAUGGGACAAACAAAUCAGAAAGGGAAUGACCAAAAAGAGUGAACUGGCUACAGCCGUGAAGAUGACCGGGUCAUGUCCAGACAUGUGUCCAGAGAAAGAGAGAUACAUGAGAGAAGUCCAGCGGAGACUCAGUCCUUAUGAGAUGAUGCCCGGACAGAAGAUGGAGAAAGGAGUGAGUCCCAAUGUUUGUCACCAGAAUGCGGUAAAGGAGUACAGCAGGUCAUCUGCAGAUCAGGAAGAGCCGUUGCCCUCUGAACUUCGACCUCCGGCUGUCCUUGACCUGACCAUGAACUACCUGAUGGGAGAGAUCAUAAAUCGAGAGCCGACGGGGCAGGGCGGCGAUGGGAGGAGCUGGGCAGACUGGUUUGAUUUCCUGUGGGACAGGACGAGGAGUAUCCGCAAGGAGAUCACGCAGCAGCAGCUGUGUGAGACUACAGCUGUCAGCCUAAUGGAGAAAUGUGCAAGGUUUCACAUUUACUGCUCGUAUCGACUCUGCGAGGAGGGGCAUAUGUCCUUCAGCCCCAAGAUCAACAACGAGAACUUAACCAAGUGCAUGCAGAGUCUGAAACAGUUUUACCAUGACCUGACUGACGAGGGCGUCUUCUGUCCCAACGAGGCAGAGUUCAGAGCUUACGAGGUCUUGCUCAACCUCACUGGAGGGGAUAUCCUCAGGGAGGUUCAGCAGUAUCGACCUGAAGUGAGAAACUCUGAGGCCGUGGUGUUUGCUAUCAAAGUCUCUGCAGCCUUCAGUAGCAACAACUACAGCAGAUUCUUCAAACUUAUCAGAGGGGCCUCAUUCUUGAAUGCUUGCAUCCUCCACCGUUACUUUGUCCAGCGACGCUCUAUGGCGUUAGAGACCAUGAAUAAGGCCUUCACCACGCCCAAGGGUAUCUCCUUGUUCCCUGCCGUCGAACUUGUCCAUCUCCUGGCAUUCGAAGAUGAAGAUCAGGCUUCUAUUUUCUGUGAGUACCACGGUCUGAGUAGUGCAGAUGGUUGCAUUCAGCUCAGCAGAGGGGGUUUCUUUCACCCGGAGGAGACCCUCACAUCUCAAAGAGCGCCCUCUGUCAUCGAAGCCAAGAAUGACAGGUCUAUUGCCGAGGUGGUGAACAAUGGUCCUCUUCCCAUAGCGCCACCUCACACCCCUGUCUCCAGCUUUGAUGAGAGUGGGAGGCUCCUAGAGAGAGGUGUCGAAGCUAAACCAGUCCGAGGUCUGGCAGUCGAGACAAGGAAUAUAGUUCAAGAAGUGAAGCAACCAGUGCGAAAGAUUGAGAAACAAGCUCUGCAGGAAAGCUUUACGGUGCAACAAGAGAUACAAUUCCAACAACCACAGGCCCAAGAGGAUGUGGCCGCUGUGCAAUACUUUGGUGAAACAGUGCAGCAGCCACCUCAACAGGUUAUUUUGUCUGCAAAGGUGGUGGAAAGCAAGCCAACUAUAAGCCCUGAGGUCGUCAAGGACAUCAUCCGAGAUAUCUUCUUGGAGGUCAUCGACGAGAUGGUGAGAGACCUAUCAACGAGGUUCAUGGGCACCCUGGCUAUCAUCCAGGCAUCACCCAAGGUGAUAGCAGAGAUCAUAGAUGAAGAACUGGGUGCCUUGAGUCGUGGUGUCGCCAGGGAGACGCUCGAUGAGGAGCGUUAUGCUGAGGCCUUGAGACGAGAGCAAGAGAUGAGGGCAGCAGAAGAGGCUUCGAAGAAAGAGCAAGAGUUGAAUGCAUUGAGACAGGAGGCUAGCAGACAGAUAAGUGAGGAGAUCGUUGAGGAGGUCGUUGAAACAACACUUGAAGCGAUGAUUGAAAAGGAAAUAAGUGUAUAUCAGAGUGAGUUACAUAGACAAGCAAUAGAACGAUGCAGCUCCGCCGUCUCAGAAGAACUUCUCCAAGACCUGGUCGAGUCAGAGGUCACCAGCAUAUCCCAUGAGGUCAUUGCUAUGGCAACGGCUGAGAGAGACAGGAGACUUGAAGAGAUUGCAGAGGCUUACAGACUUAGACAACUUGGUUACCUUUAUCAAAAAUGGUGUCGUGUUCACUCUAAGAGACUAAAGAUCCGUCGUACCCUGGAGACCUUCCCUGCCGGCCCGCCCAAUCAGAACACCGCCGAGCAGCUCGAGGUCCUCUGGCCUAAGCGACGGGAGCAACCUGGGGGAGCUGACCCAGACUCGACCUCGAGGUCGAGAGUACCGUUACCCAUGUCUCUGGAUACUCCUUAUGGUGUUGUCACCGAGAGGGAAUCGCUCGCCAAACACAUCAUGCACCACCACUACCUUACCCUCGUCAGACAACAGAGGGCGUGGGAGCCUUUAGACUUACCCGUCAUCCACAGGGACAACAACCAUCCUUCCCAGCAUGCAUCUAGCCCAACAUGGCAGGAUGGUGCUUCGUGCCGGUAUUGGAAACUGAUUGCCUCGCUGCCUCAAGGGUCACAUGAUGACAGGAGCCCUUGUCAUUGGCUGAAGGCUAAAUUGAGGCGUGGCAAGAUUUCGAAGGAGCUGAGGAGGAGCAGACUCAGAGAUAAUGAGAAUGUUGAGACCCUGAGCCUGUACACACAGAGAGCUGGAUCCAGGCCAGUGGGGAUCUGUACCAAGGCAUUGAUGGGACCCCCUGCAGGGAGAGAUGCCAGAUACCAGCUGACUGGAAGCUCAGGGAUCAUUCUCGUGGUCCAAGGUGAAACAGAGGCCUGUUGUAGAGAUGCCCAGCAUAGACUGAACGCGAUCCUAUCUCAGACACCAAGAAGACCACCUCUCCCCAUUCUUCUGUGUUUAAUAAGUGACGAAGAUGUGACAACAUUCCAGAGCAGCCUCUCAGAGUACCUCCAGUGUCCUCAGCUCACGCGUGAAGGAGUGAUUGCAUCUUGGAGAGUGAUCAGGCUGCCAAGGGAUGUUGUGAAGGUUGAAGCGUCUGAGCAGCUUGAGGAAGGUAUAGCAUGGCUAGCCUCUCACCAUCCUAAACCAACGUCCGUGGUCAGCGAGACGGUCAAGGAGUACCUGGACAAUGGUCUGUCACAGUUCUUCAGCAUCAAUGUCCACCAGCUGUCCAAGCAGAGGAGAGAGAGCGGGCAGUUUUUACUGUCACCACAGUCCAUUGUGAGUCUGUAUAACUCUGUGAUGAGUCAUCUAUCUUCUGUAGCGAGCUCUUCAUCCCUGUCUGACAUCUCAUGGCCUCCUGCAGAGUUCACAGGUCACCAACAUCCAGACCUCCCUGCAGCUGAGUGGAACACCCCUACCACUCUGAGUCAUCUCUAUACAUCCAUUAACAUCUUGAAGCUACCUGAGGUGCCUUAUAUAGAAGACAAUGACUGGUUAUCAGUUUGCAAAGCUUGUGCCAACUAUGUGAAUCUACUUCCAGGCAGAGACAGUGACAAAGCACCACUCUUAUCCAGAGUGAGAUGGCUGCUGGACAAGAGCAGACGAACCUUUGAAGAUACCUGCUUUGUGACCUUUGACACGGAAGGAUGUGAACCCACCUCCCAGCAUGCACCGUGGGCAGACAUCUUAGAGGAAUGUGUGACAUACAUGAUGACAACCCUGUCCACUAGACCAGAGGGAGAGAGUCCAUCCCCGGGCAAUCAGCAGGUGUACUUCCACCAGUCUGAGUUUGGUAGCUUUGAGUUUCCUGUCCAGUGGAAGCAGGAGAUGAACGAGACUUUAGAAGAAUCGGUGGUGGAACAUGAAAGCAUGUUUGAUUCCAUCAUGGAGUCGGUGUCAACACGUCGGUCUACCCUGGCAGAUGAGGACUCGAGGGAGAAGGAAGAGAGGAGGAGGAGAAGGGCGGAGGAACGUCUUCCCGACAACACCAGCUUCCUUCUUCCGCAAGAUGUCACCAUGACGAUAAGCCACACCCAGAGUGGUCUGCUCAGGAGGAUGUUGGAUAAGGAGCGAGAAGAGAGCCUCAGGUUUGAAGCCAUGCUAACAAGCUUUCUAGAAGAGCCCGUGGAAGAACUGCCGCAGACACUGCAUGUACAGGCUGACAGACCAGAGUCUGAAUUUAGACUACAGCUUCCACCCUUUCCAAACAGAACUCCAAAGGCUCUAUCUCUAUCAAAGUCCCUGGAGGAACCACACCCUCGGACCGACGCCCCGGUCAUCACCUUGGAAGAAACAGAUGACUCGCUCUCCGAUCAAAUCCAGAGCCUGAAGGAGAGACUAGCCUCUGAGAAACAAGCAGGGUUGGUGGCUGAAAUGAGACUAAAUGCUCUACUUGGGCUUUAGCUGCUACUGUGAACCCAUAGCAUCGCAGGACAUGGUGCUUAUGGGCAUCUUUAGACAAUUUUGAAAGGGGGAUAUUGGAACAAAUGAAGAGAGCACAUAGGGGCAGUGCUCAAACACAAUGAGUGAUUUCAAGUUUGGUGUUAGUGUUAGUGUUUAGAGCAGUCAAGAGCUCUUAAAUCGAGCGCAAAAUUUGCUGAUGAAAUUACGAGCCCGAUACCGAUAUCAAAAUCAAUAGCUUAACACCAGCCGUGACGUCACCACAUACUUGAUUUCACGACAAUGAUUUAAAAAUAGUACAUCAAAACUAAAGAUAUCAUGCAAAGUACAUAAUAAAUUUACACCUAUUUCUCUGGUCUUAUAAAAAACUAAUUUUACACAAAAGAAUAUAUGAAUUACCUGUUUCACAUAUUUUUAUUUGAUCGUCAGACAAUAAAUUGGCGUCGUUCGUGUGUUGACUGUGUGCGGGUACAACACUAACACCGAACUGGAAAUCAACAUUUGCUUAAUCCCUAGGGGCUAGUGUUAGUGAAUAGGACAUUUGUACGUGAAAUAUUAACACCAUCCACAAAGGUCGGUUCAGCAGACGACAAUUUUGCAAAAUCGAUAACACUAGCUACCGGAAGUUGACGAUAUUCAGAGGUCAAAGCCUUAACACCAGCUGAUUUCCAUUUAGGUGUUUAGGCUGGUGUUAGUGUAUAUUAAACACUAACACCAGCCUUAAACACCAAACUUGAAAUCACUCAUUGAAUAGGGGUACGGUACCGAAUGUGCUGGAAAGUGAAUCUAUAGAAGUGCAAGAUUUAUCCACAAGUGAGGGUAACAUGAUGUCUUGGAACUAUUUAUACAAAACAAAAUUGGUUAUAUCAGAUUUCAAGUUUGCAGACAAAAUAAGAUAGUCAAGAAAAUUACAAAUUUGCAAAUGAUGAUCAUCAACUUGUUUUGUCACAUAAUUUUUACUUCUGGAUGUGAUAUGUGAACUUUCAAACCAACCGACCAACCAUUUCUAAACAAAGUUUUAUGGAAACAGUAAAUGGUUUACAAUCAAGAACCAGCAAUAUUUCUUGUGAACCCUUAAACUGUCCUAACUAGCCUCCUAGUUAAAUUGUUGUUGUCCCAACUUUGACCCGACACAUUGAAUAUAAUUUUGACUGAUGAGGAUGGAGAAAGAUGUUAUUAUUUAAGUACUUGCAUAUCAUGUCAGUUGUAACCAAAUCAUGCCAUUUGUGUUUUCAUUGUUUUUAAUAAAAAAUGUCUUUAUAUUGAUAUAGAACUA